AUGUCGUGGACCUGGCAUGUGUCCCCAAACCCGCAAACGGCCUUCCACCCGCUGUUCUCUGGCGAGUGGGACACCUGCGAGGCGCUUGCCUCCAGCGACGACGUCUUCAAGUUCUUCGCCCGCGGCGCGGAGCUGACCGAGCUGACCUCUCUGUGGAAGCAUGUGGAGGACAUCAUGCAGGCAAACGUGAUCACCACCACCCCCGACACGCCGCUGCAGCAGGCGCGGGCCGCCUGCAAGCAGCACGGCAUCGGCGGCAUGCCGGUGGUCGACCGCGGCGGCAAGCUAGUGGGCAUCAUCUCGAAGAGCGACUUCCGCCGGGGCGGCGCCGCCGUGCGGGACGCCAUGACCGCCGCCGUGGUGGCGGUGCGCCUCAGGGACGCCAUCCCCGCCGCAGCGGCGCUGAUGCUGCAGAAUGAUCUGGACCGGCUGCCUGUGGUGGACCCUGCCGGGCGCUGCGUGGGCAUCGUCACGCGCACCGACAUGUUUUGGACACUGGCGAUUGACAAUGACGGCAGCGACAGCAUCCUGCAGUGGCACAGCGGCAGCAUGUGA